CUCGCCGCUAGGGUUGCCAGCCAAAGACCAAAAAAAAAGGAAAUAUUUUCCACGUAUUAAAACAAUUGUACAUUUAUUUAUAAAUAACACCAAAAUUAGCAAGACAGGAACGGAACCCAACCUGCUGCUGCGUACCGACCGCCGUAUUCCAGGAGCUGGAAAAGAGCGAUGCCUUGCUGGUAUUAUGACAAAAAGGAACUGCGAGAGACACCGUCAAUUCUGGAUGGGAUCACGUUCGAGAAUGAGCGCCGUUACCGCAAGGAGGGCGCCCGCUUCAUCAUGGAGUGCGGCACAAAGAUGGGACUCGGCCACAACACAAUGGCCACCGGAGUGGUGUACUUCCAUCGCUUCUACAUGUUCCACUCGUUCCGCAGCUUUCCACGCUACGUCACCGCCUGCUGUUGCCUCUUCUUCGCCGGCAAGGUGGAGGAGACGCCCAAAAAGUGUCGCGACAUCAUCAAGACGGCCCGCGGCAUCCUCAACGAUAACUAUUUCUACUCGUUUGGCGAGGAUCCCAAGGAGGAGGUAAUGACACUGGAGCGCAUACUGCUGCAGACAAUCAAGUUCGACCUGCAGGUGGAGCAUCCGUACACAUUUCUGCUCAAGUAUGCCAAGUGCUUCAAGGGCGACCAGCAGAAGCUACAGAAGAUGGUCCAAAUGGCCUGGAACUUUGUCAACGACUCCCUCAGCACGGUCGUCUGUCUGCAGUGGGAGCCCGAGAUCAUAGCCGUGGCGCUCAUCCAUCUGGCCAGCAAGCUCAGCAAAUUCACGGUCCAGGACUGGGAGGGCCGUCAGCCGCAGCAUCAGCGCUGGUGGGACAUGUUCGUGUCGGAUGUGACGAUGGAGAUACUGGAGGACAUAUGCCACCAGGUGUUGGACCUGUACCAGUCCACCCAGAAGGAGGCCCAGCUACCCAACAGUCCGCCCCAGAAGCCACCCAGUCGCGCGGACAGUCCCACCAAUGUGAAGCCCAUGAAUCCCAGUGGAGGAGGAGCACCCGCCCAGCAGCAGCAGCAGCAGCCACCGCCACCGCCGCCCACAAACAGCAGCAGUGGCAAUGGCAACCAUUUGGACCUCAACAACAUACAGAGCAUCAAAUCGCUGGCCAAUGCAGUGCCCUCCGCCCUCAUCAGCAGCAGCUGCAUGAACAACAGCAACAACGAUGCACUGCCACUGCUGCCGCCGGGACCAACUGGGCCGACUGGCGGCGGUGGACAGGGACAGGCCAACUAUCACAUGUACCAUGCGCCACCGCCACCUCCGCCACCCGUAGUGCCUAUGCCACAGUAUGCCGCAGCGGCAUGGAAUGUCCAGCAGCCGCCGCCCACGCAUUAUAAUGCUGCCGUUGCGCCGCCACCACCAAUGCCACCAAAUAUGGGUGUACCCGGCGGACCGGGCGGUGGCUAUUACAAUGCAGGCGGGCGACAGCCACAGCAGCGAUACCAAUAGACAUAAACAAACGAGUGAAGUGGAGCAGUGGGAGCAGAAGGCGGCUUGCGAGUACAGCAGAUUAUACAUAUUAAUAAUUAAUAAAGCGUAAUUUUA